AUGGCUACGGAGACAAUAAUAGCAAGUGCCAACGGAAUGGCUACCCCUGAUCCACCUUCGCAAGUCAGAGUACAGCUAUCAACACGCCAUCCUGACAUCUCACUGCCAGAGAAUCCCGGCCCAAUCCUGGUCAAUACUAACCUCCGGCGGUAUGCCCUUUCCACGCUCGUUAAUACUCUAUUGCAGUCCGAGAAGCCCAUACCAUUCGAGUUCCUCAUCAAUGGCACGUUUCUUCGAACAUCUUUAGACGAGUACCUCACAGCGAAUGGCAUAUCUGCCGAAACCACUCUCGCAGUCGAAUAUGUACGUGCGAUUAUACCGCCACUCUAUCUUGCCUCCUUCGAACACGAUGACUGGGUCAGCGCUGUGGACGUUCUCUCGGAGACCUCUCCAGCAGGCAAAUGGGCAGGCAGCGCAGGAGCAAGAAUGCUUGGACAAGAAAGAAUAUUAUCUGGGAGCUACGACGGUCUUUUGAGAGUAUGGAGCAUGUCCUCUGAGGUACUGGUGACAUCACCAUCAGCAGGCAGUGGAGGACACACGUCCUCGAUCAAAGCAGCAAAAUACAUAUCCCCGUCGCACGUCGCUUCUGCUGGUCUAGACCGCACAAUACGUCUAUGGAAAUACUCUGAGGAUUCUGAAGCAUCCAACGCAUCCCUAUCGCCUCAAAUCGAGCUUUACGGUCACAAGGCCAGCAUCGACUCUCUCGCCGUUCAUCAACCCUCGUCCCGCAUCCUCUCCGCCUCUGCGGACCACUCGCUUGGUCUUUGGUCGACUAGGAAAUCCGAUGCACCUGCAGCUCCAACAUCUCUUCUUCCCUCAGCUACCUCUCGAAGUUCUAAGCGCAGGAAAACGGGCACCUCAACAUCCACCCCCCAACGAGGCCCCCUUUCUGUCCUCAAAUCUCACACUGCCCCCGUCUCCGAUACCAUCUUCGCUCCGAACGACCACACAGUAGCCUACUCCACGUCCUGGGAUCACUCUCUCAAAACCUGGGACCUCCCCACCUCGACCUGUGUGGACACGCGCUCAACGUCGCACUCUCUCCUCUCUCUCACCGCUCUUCCUUCUCUUAGCCUCCUCGUAGCUGGCACGUCAGCACGCCAUAUCACCCUCAUUGACCCCCGCGCCUCCGCGACUACCGUCUCAGCUAUGACAUUGCGCGGCCAUACUAACGCGGUGGUUAGCCUGGCAGCAGAUCCAGAAAGUAAUUAUGGGCUUGUGAGUGGGAGUCACGAUGGGACGUGUAGGGUGUGGGACGUGAGGAGCUCGAGGAGCGAGAAGGAGGGUAGGGUGGGUGAGAGCUUGUAUGUUGUUGAAAGGGAAAGUUUGAAGGGAGAGGGGAAAAGGCUGGUGGAGAAGGCGUGA